AAACUUCAGAACGUGUUACCAUGACUAUGAGGCUGCGCGAGUUGAUUCGGGCCGUCAGGGCAUGCAAAACGGCGGCCGAAGAGCGCGCUGUCAUAGCAAAGGAGUCUGCGUUGAUCCGAACAGCAAUAAAGGAGGAACACGAACAAUACCGGCACCGGAACGUGGCCAAGCUCUUGUUUAUUCAUAUGCUGGGAUAUCCCAGCCACUUUGGGCAGAUGGAGUGUCUUAAACUGAUUGCCUCCCCACAUUUCUUCGAAAAACGCAUCGGGUACUUGGGCCUGUCAUUGCUCUUAACAGAGCAAGAAGAAGUCUUGACACUCGUGACCAACUCAAUCAAAAACGACCUCAAUAGUCCCAACCCAUUCGUGGUAGGACUUGCGCUGUCGGCGGUUGGAAAUCUGGCCACCGAGGACAUUGCACGCGACCUAGCCAUGGACGUGGACAAGCACCUCAAGUCCAACAACAGCUACCUGAGGAAGAAGGCCGCCUUGGCCACGAUCCGCAUCUUCCAGAAAGUGCCCGAUUUAGUGGAGGACUUCAUCGAACGGAUCACCUCCCUCCUGAAGGACCGGAGCCACGGUGUGCUGAUUGCGGCGGUGGAGCUGAUGACGGAGGUGAUGAAAAUGGACCCUGCUUUUACGUCCGCCUUCAGCCGCCUGGUGCCCUCCGUCCUGCGACUCCUCCGGAAUCUGUUGACCAUGGGGUACGCCCCAGACCACGACAUCGCCGGGAUCACAGACCCGUUUCUCCAGGUGAAACUGCUCUACAUGCUGCAGUGCCUGGGCCGGGACAACGCGGAGGCCUCAGAGGCCAUGAACGACUUGCUCGCCCAGGUCGCCACCAACACGGAGACGGCCAAGAACGCCGGCAACGCCAUCCUCUACCAGUGCGUGCAGACCAUCAUGAGCGUUGAGUCCGAGGCGGGCCUGCGCGUCUUGGGCAUCAAUAUCCUUGGCCGUUUCCUCCUGAAUCGGGACAACAACAUCCGGUACGUGGCGCUCAACACCCUGAGCAAGGUGGUCGGCAGGGACGCGGCCUCCGUGCAGCGGCACCGCAACACCAUCGUGGAGUGCCUGAAAGACCCAGACGUGUCGAUCCGCCAGCGGGCCCUUGAAUUGAUCUGUCAGCUUGUCAACCCGCAAAACGUCCAAGAGCUCACGCGGGAGAUGCUUAACUACCUGGUGGUGGCUUUGCCCGAGCACAAGGCGAGCCUCUGCAGCAAGAUCAUGCACGUGGUGGAGACCUACGCACCCUCGCUCCUCUGGCGCCUCGACACAUUGAUCACCAUGCUGGCCAUCGCGGGGGACGCCUGUGACCCGAGCAUCCCGCACGCCCUCGUCUACUACCUGUCCACGGCCGAAGACCUGCAGCGUUACGCGGUCCACAAGCUCUUUUUGCUCCUGACAGAUGAUGCCUCCCAGCUUGGUCUGGUGCUGGCGGCGGUGUGGGCAAUCGGGGAGUUCGGAGACUUGCUCCUGCAGGCUCAGCCUGCCCUGGACGAGGACACGUCGGCCAUGGAGCCCCAGACCCCGGCGGCAGUCUUGGACGCGCUGGAGGAGGUGGUCACGAACCACGGAGCCACGCAGGUCACCCGAGGCUACGUGUUGGUGGCCCUGUUGAAGCUCUCGGAUCGUUUCGCGGCGGCCUCGCCCUCCGUUUCGGAUGCGGAGAUGCGGCGCCUGGCCGGUCUCCUUUCCAGGUACGACACGUCCUUGCAGCUCGAAUUGCAGCAACGAUCCUGCGAGUUCCGCCAAGUGUUGGCCCCAGGGGUGGAACGUGUGCGGCCGGAGAUUGUGGGGAGGAUCCCGCCCUUGGAUGAGGCCAUGCUCACGGCGAGGCGGGGAAGGUUUCCCGGGAGAGAGGACGGGGGGGGAAAGCGGGGGGUGUCAAUGGAGGGAUCUCUGUUCGGGGAGGAAGGGACAGGGAAGAAAGGAGGGAAGGA